AAACGCUUGACCACUUCACAAACGCAACAGAAGUUAGCCGAAAAGCACGCACGAACAAUGCUUAACGUCAAAUUGUACAAUAAAUCAAAUGGUCUACAGAAGACUAGUGCAAUGAUGUAUCUAGAAGAGUACAUGAAUAUAUUCAACUGGAAAAUGGAUUCAACUAUCCUAGACAUUGGCUGUGGCGAUGGGAGUUUGACAUCAAAAAUAUUUAAAGAAUUAAUUCCUACUUGCAAGAACAUGAUAGGCUGUGACAUAAGUGAAGAUAUGAUACGGUUCGCAAAUGAACACUAUGCUUCGGAACGUGUUAAUUUCACUACCCUUAACAUAGAGGACAAACUGCCCGAUGAGCUAAAGGAACGUUUCCACCAUGCCAUUUCCUUUUAUGCUUUACAUUGGUGUCCUCGUCAAGAAACUGUGUUCCAGAACAUAUACGAUAUUCUUAGGGACGACGGAAGUUGUUUCGCGAUUGUCGUAGGGAAAACAUCAUUAUUCGACGCAUACAGGACCCUUGCUAAAACAGAUAAAUGGAAGUCAUGGGUUACUGACGUUGAAAGAUAUAUAUCUCCAUACCAUGACAGUCAGGAUUCCCUUAAACAAAUGCAACAAUUAUUAGGCAAAAUUGGAUUUACCAUAACAAAAUUGGAACAAAAGUUAAUAUGUCAUGAGUACGAAAAUCUAGAGGAUUUAAAAGGUGGAAUAAUGUCUGUGGUGCCUUUCAAGAUCCCGGAUGAGUUACAUGAAGAGUUUUUUGCAGACUUAAGCCUGGAAAUGCAGAUGUUUGACACUAAAAAAUACAACUACAAAACAUCUACUAACAAUUUUGUCUUUAUCGUGCAAAUACUCGUUUUAUAUGCUGAGAAAAAGUAAUAAUGUAUGGAUUAGAUUUUUUGGAAUAUUAAUUGGUCUGAAAUUAAAAUUAAAAAUACAAUUAUUGAAAUACACAAA